AACACUGUAACUUCCAAUCAAAAAAAAAAAAAAACUGUUAUGCUAUCAACUCUAGGCGCAUUCUAUACAUUCAUCGCACACAUAAUAGAGGACGGGAUAAUUUUGCCGGUUAACGGACGUACCCAAAGAUUUCACAAAUUUUUUUUGUAGUCCACUUUUCUGAGUACAGACCCACCUUCCUUCCGUUCUGAAUCAUACUUUCAAGAUUUGCUAAACCCAAUCAUAUGCCAUUCGUGAAUCGAUAGAUCUGUAUUCACCCCAAAAUGAUAAUGUACGUAUAUGGGCUAGUACUGUUAGGCUAGCUAAAUGUCCUCUAGCGAUUAUGUUAUCUCGUGCCCCUGUCAACUUCGGCUUUGAACUUGCUGGUUCUCGUCUUACACCGACAUAGAUCUCCGAAAUCUAUGAACACCGCCCCUCACAUGCAUAUUCAAGAUAGGCUUGGCUCCUUAGUACUAGGACGCCUCACGUCCCUCAGUUCAAGAGCCACACAUAAAGCGGCUACCAUCCUCGAGUGGAUCGCUCAUCUAUAGUGCUUCGAAACAAUGCCGAACACACUACAAGAACAGAUCGGACUGCAGCAGCAAGACUCAUAUACGUACACAGCAAGCUACGAGAAGGAAUGGCUCAUAGGUCCCGUACUCCUCGGAGGUUGUGUAGCUGCCAUGAUCUACUCAGCGGCUGAGAAGCAUUUCACCACGACAAUCGCGAGCUUGCAACAGCCUGAUGUUCUCACCCUGCACAUUGAGUUUUUGAGACCAUGUAUGGCGCUGCCAUCUGCCAUCAAAAUUACCGAUCUCAAAUUAGGUAAAGGAUCGAGCUUCAUCCAGCUUGACCUUUAUCAAACACAGAACGGCGGCGAGCUGAAAUGUUGCACAGCUUUGGCUACAUCCACCAACUUCGCCAUCCAGGUAGGACCAUCGGCUAAGACUGAUGUCCUUCUCUCACCAGUGCCUCCACCCCUCCCCGACUUCAAGAAAGUCGAGGCUGAUCAACCGGAAGACCACUGGAUCCCAUCAAAAACGAUAGGAGAGCUACUUCCAAUGUUGAAGCGCAUGACAUUUCUGUACCCCUCGAAGGGACAGCCAACACCAGGAGUGAUAGAUUACUGGUGUGCUUUUGAUAAACCUGAGACCUUCAGUGGCGCGCAUUUGGCGGUUCUUUCAGAUGUUGCUCCUUCAGCGUCCGAUACUCUACUCCGAACUGAAGGCAUAUUUGAUGCGCAUAAGAUAUAUCGCCUCAAGAAAGAGGCAGCAAAAAGAACACCAGGGAAGCCAGCGGUCUUGCAGAACACACUGAAGGAAGCAGCGCAAGCACGUAUUUGGAAUACCACGCUGAAUCUGAACCUGCAGUUCAAGAGACGGGUAUCGGAUGAGAUGAUGUGGACUUUUACGAGGGUGACUACAAGAAUGCUGGAAGGAGGUAGGAUGGAUUUGGAUCUUGUCAUUCACGAUGAGAAAAUGGCGCCCCUGUGUUUUGCGCGGCAAGUUAUGCUGGUUAUUGAUGCAGGGAGACGAUUCAAAAAGGAUAGCCAAAAUAAGGCACCGAAGCUUUGAACGUAUUGAUCAUCUAUGUAUGUUACUUUCGCAUGCUAAUUGGUCUAACUCUCGCAUGUAACGUGAGGCGGCCGUGAGGAUCUAUCGAAGCAACCCGAGGAAGCAUUUUCAGCCUUUGAACGAAUGGCCGACAUCCCACUUUUUAGAUGUUUCCGAAUUCAGGAAGCGUCUGCAAUGAAUUAUAUCAACACAGCUUAAAAAAACACCACCAUUUCCCCAUGACUCAAACGAAACAGAUGACUGAAUUCGAUUUCAUCCGCAGAUGGAAGGCUGUAUGAACGUUCCCACCUGUACGGUUAUCACAGUGUUACGAGGUGAUUGCCACAAAGACUUAGGUACUUCUGGAAGUCGUUUCCCAACACGUGAUCGGCUGUUCCAAGGCUCUUGCAUCCUGCUUGAUGAUGUGGAAUCAUCGCGAUCAAUAGUCUAGCGUAACAUUGAAGUAGCCUGCAAUCCUGGUCUUGACGAGGUUUAGUCGCUUGUGUAUAUGCGACACCUCGGCCCGUUCCAUGCAUGAAAAUACUGAUGUCUCGCUCCACUAUCAUCACACAUGCAUAUGCUGGCGCUGUGAUUUCCGGGACCGAACU